CAUCUGUUUCUCUUCAAAAUUAAACUGCCCACUGCUCCUAGUAAAGUGGCUAGUAUACUCAAAACAUUGGUUAAUCCACGCAGUGGCGUAAGUAGGUUUACAGGCAGAACAUUAUUAAUUACUGAGGAUAAGCUACAACACAACUGGCAUGGCUAGCCCUGCAUCACAGCUGCACUUGACCAUAUGCCUCAUUGGAGGUCAGCUGAAUGUCUUGUGAACUCUUGACCUCUCUUGCCACACCCACCUCCUCAUAGGUGA